CAAAGCGUAUGAACCUAAAGCCAUAGUCGAUGAUUUCAACAGGACUGCGAUUUGGUUUCUCCGAAGACCGGAAUCCCAUAUAUUUAAAGCUUCUAGCCUCCCUUGAUUCAAAUUUCCUUUUCCACGCACACACACUACACACUACUGACCAAUACCUCUUACCUACCUCAGGACAAAUACAAGUUCCUAUUCCAUUCCCGCUAACAUUUGCGAAAUUUCAAUUUAUGUCAACCUCGUUACGAUGAAAAGUUCCCGGACGUGUCUGCGAUGCUGGAGGCCGGGCUUUAUCUUGGCUUCUAAACUUUUGGUUUGCUCAAUCGUUUUUUAUUUUUUGUCCACGAUUUAUAUCGUGCCUUGGUUCCUCCGAUGUCUAUUUGGCUGGCCUAUUUCAUGUCAUUUUACACCAUUACAGCCAUCUUUGUUUUCUUUUUAACCCGGCCUACUUGGUUUGACGAGGAAUCACCAGAGGAACACACCCAUAUUGGGACGGGAUUUCUAUGCGAAAAGUUGUCACAGGAAUUAGGAUGGGAUAACGAGCUCGCUCCGAGAGAAUUUCGGCGACCCGAACCGGAAGGCGGAGCUUAGUGCCAAAACUUUGCGGUUACUUGGAGGAACCCAAGUUGGCCUUUCCAAGCCUCCCAAACAAGCGUCCUAGUACACAGGCCCGCAGCACA